CCGCUGCAAACGAAUGAAUGUCGAGCAGGCUGUACAACAGGAAUUACGAACGACGAGUGGCCACGUAAUCUCCGUGAAGGAUAAUGCUUUCCCCACCAUCCAUUGCCAUCAGAGGCAAUGAGAAAAAGCAAGAUAAUAUGAAUUCCCACAAGAAUUUCCACAUUGGUGCAGAGAAGCACUGUGAAUCAUGGCUGCCACCACCGCAUCUUUGCCCUCUUCUCUCUUCGCAGGGCAAAUAAAAUCCGCUAGAAAUGCAAGAAUCGCCAAAUUCGCCCCUCGCGUGCAGGCAAGGUUUAGUUUUGGGAAAAAGAAAGCGAAGCGCGCCCCCCCUCCGCCAAAGAAGGGUCAAUCUGUAGGGCGGCCAUUGUGGCUGCCGGGCUCAAAGCCGCCGGAAUGGCUGGACGGAUCUUUGGUCGGAGAUUACGGGUUCGAUCCGCUGGGGCUCGGCAAGCCCGCCGAGUAUUUGCAGUACGAGCUGGAUUCUCUGGACCAGAACCUGGCCAAAAACCUAUCCGGUGACGUCAUCGGGACACUUAUUCCCGACCAGGAAAUACAGCCGACGACGUUCAAGCCUUACAGCGAGGCUUUCAGCUUGCAGAGGUUCAGAGAGUGUGAAGUCAUUCAUGGUCGGUGGGCUAUGCUCGGCGUCGUUGGCGCCCUCGCCGUUGAGGCAUUUACCGGCGUUUAUUGGCAGGACGCCGGAAAGGUGGAGCUGGUGGAGGGUUCGUCCUACUUCGGACUGCCGCUGCCUUUCAAUUUAACGACCCUGAUAUGGAUAGAGGUUUUGUUGGUGGGUUACAUUGAAUUCCAGAGGAAUGCAGAGCUUGACCCAGAAUUGAGACUCUACCCAGGAGGAAAGUACUUUGAUCCCUUCGGUUUGGCGGCGGAUCCAGAGAAGAAAGAUGCGCUGAAAUUGGCAGAGAUUAAGCAUGCUCGCCUUGCAAUGGUGGCUUUCCUUAUAUUCGGACUUCAGGCAUUGUACACUGGCAAGGGCCCUCUCACCAUCUUCGUUGAGCUCUUGGGGAAGAAAUAAGUCUCCUCUUUAGUUGCAGAAAUCUAUCAUGUAAUGAAUUGAAUUGGGAAUAGUCUCAUUUCAUUCAAUUCACUGUGAUGGUUUAAUUUAAUUUCCUCGGCAUCAGUUUUUUUUUUCCAUAAACCUAGAGUACUCUGUUCUGAAAAAGUUAAUUUCUGUUUUGUAUUCUUGCUUAAGAAAUUGCAUCUGAACAUGAAUCUUAUUGGAACCAACUGCCAAGUUAAUCAUCGAUGAAGGUUGUAACCAUUAUUCA